UUGAAUUUCUAUCCAUAUAGUACGUCUGGUAAAUUAAAUGGGCCACAUGCUUUGUUGAAUUUUAUGUGUUUUUGUUUUGAUCAAAAAUUAUCCGAUAGACCAUGUCUUUAUUGUGUCAGAAAAAUAGCUAUUUACAAGAGUACCAAAGUCCCGUUCGAUCAUGUCAGCCAUCCAGUUUGAAUGUAAAUGGUAAACAUUGUCAAGGAUUCGAUAUUGUAUUGGAAGAUAGUAUUUUCUUUCCCGAAGGUGGUGGACAGCCAUACGAUACCGGUUUAUUGGAUGAUCAAAAAGUUAUAAAUGUUCGACGUGAUGGCAAUCAGGCUAUAUUGUUCGUAGAGGGUGACCAUUGUCGAUUUGAUUGUGGUCAUCAGCCAUUGCAGAAAAUUGAUUGGAAUCGUCGUUUUGAUCAUAUGCAACAACAUUCUGGACAACAUUUAAUCACAGCUGUAGCAUUAAAAUAUUUUAAUUUACUUACAACAUCUUGGAAUCUUGGUGCUGAAAUUUCAAACAUUGAACUUGAUUCAACUCAAAUCACUGAUGAAACAAUCGAACAAUUGGAACAAAAAGUUAAUGAAAAAAUUCUUGAAAAUCUGCCCAUAACCAUUUCAUAUCGUGAUAAAGAUGACUUGGCCGACAUACGACAACAAAUGGAAUUACCCGAUGAUUUGAAUGCUCAUUCAUUGCGAAUUGUUUCUAUCGAAUCAUUAGAUAAGAAUCCUUGUUGCGGUACUCAUGUAUCAAGUUUAUCUCAUUUACAAAUGAUUAAAUUAUUAGGCACUCAAAAAGGUAAAAAAGGAAAAACUUUGUUAUUUUUUCUCUCCGGUAAUCGUGUGCUCAAACAUAUGAACAAUAUUCUGGUGCGAGAAAAAUUAUUAUCAACAUCCUUAAAAUGUACAGCCGAAGAAUUUGUUCCUAUUGUGGAUAAAUUGCAGAAAAAUGUUCGACGUUUACAAAAGAAUUGUACAUCGGCAAUGCGAGAUUUGGCCCGAUGUGAAGGUGAAAAAUAUCUUAACUUGUUGGAUAAACCUCGACUUUAUUCAAUACAUCGAAAAGAAUGUGAAUAUGAUUUUGUUACAAGUUUUUUCAAUACUAUUGGCGAUCCAACAUCAAUCAUUGGUGAUCGAUUAAUACUGAUUUCACUUGCUGAUGAUUGUAAUUCAUUAAAAAGUCCCGGUCAAAUUGUUAUUGCUGGAAAUCAACUACUUGUUGAAAAAAGUGCAAAAAUUGCCAUUGAUUCGUUUGAUGCAAAAGGCUCUGUUUCGUCGGGUAGAUUUCGUGCCCGUAUACCAGAUGUAUCUAAACUGCCCAAAUUCGAACAAAUGAUUACAAAACAAUCGUUAAUGUCUAAUGAAAAUUGAUUAUUUCAUUUUUUUAGUCCUAAAAUAAAUGAAUUUUUUUCAAAUAA